AAGCUGGCAUCACUGUUUUUACAUGUUGAAAGUCGCAAGUGGUGAUGAAAGCCAAAGUUUCGAUUGUGAAUUUUUAAUAUUAAUAUUUAAUUAAAUAAUUUACUGUCAAGUGUUAGAUCUAUUCCGUGUUCCAGGGUUGAAAUUCAUAUGAAGCUGUAUUUUUGAUACUUUGAUUCUCAUCUAGUGAUCUUCCCUUCUGUUCAUCUACCACAAUAAUACAGAGUGAGGAGACCUGAUACCGUUGCUCCCUUGACUCCCAGCCCAGCCUAGACACCUCCCCAAGAGCAUCCGACCAGACCAUCCAGCAUCCGACCACCAACACAUCACUCAACUAAGGUGCAACAUGGAUGACCUCAAGACAUUUCCCAACGAUGACCCAUCAGUCACGCUCACCAUUCGUCUUAUUAUGCAAGGAAAGGAAGUUGGAAGUAUUAUAGGAAGAAAAGGAGAAAUAGUGAAACGAUUUCGUGAUGAGUCUGGAGCAAAAAUCAACAUAUCCGACGGCUCGUGCCCUGAAAGAGUAGUUACGGUUACUGGACCAACAAAUGCCAUUUUCAAGGCAUUCACUCUCAUUUGUAAAAAGUUCGAAGAAUUCCAGGAGAUGCAAAACGGCGGAGGCGGUGGUGGCGGCGGAGGUUCACGAACGCCGAUCACGAUCCGCCUGAUCGUGCCCGCGUCGCAGUGUGGCUCGCUCAUCGGCAAGGGCGGAUCCAAGAUCAAGGAGAUCCGCGAGGUGACCGGGGCAUCCAUCCAGGUGGCUUCCGACAUGUUGCCGCACUCCACUGAGCGGGCAGUCACCAUCACAGGCACCAGUGAUGCCAUCACCCAGUGCAUCUACCACAUCUGCUGUGUCAUGCUCGAGUCGCCGCCGAAAGGCGCCACCAUUCCCUACCGGCCGAAGCCACAAGUGGCGGGUCCGGUGAUUGUGGCGGGCGGUCAGGCCUACACCAUACAGGGCAACUACGCGGUGCCGACACACGGCGACGUAAGUAGCCCCCUGGCCGCGGGCCCCCCGGGCGGGCCUCUGGGCGUGCCCCACUUGGGGGGCGUGCCCUUCCCCCCAGCCGGCCUCGUUGACCCCCUCAUCAAGAACGGCCAUUUGCAGGCCGCGCUUCCGCCGCCGCAUCUGGAACCGUACAUUCUUACAGCUUCUUGUCAGAUUGGUAAGAUGGGAGGUGGACCUCUGGCAGGGCUCGCUGCUCUGGGAUUGGGAGCCAACACUGGUGGAUUGAAUCAAGCUGCAGCCCUUGCAGCUCUGGCCGGCAGCCAACUGCGUUCGAACACCGCAUUCCGCAACCAGCAGAACACCAAUCAGCAGACGCAUGAGAUGACCGUGCCCAACGACCUCAUUGGCUGCAUCAUCGGCAAGGGAGGCACCAAGAUCGCCGAAAUCAGACAAAUCAGCGGUGCCAUGAUUCGUAUCAGCAACUGCGAAGAGAGAGAUGGAAAUGCCACCGAUCGUACUAUCACCAUCACUGGAACACCGGACUCUGUCGCUCUCGCUCAGUACCUCAUCAACAUGAGGAUAUCGAUGGAGACAGCUGGUAUGCCGAUGCCCGGCUACCACUACAUCACGCCCAAUCACAUUGUGAAGGCACCCAUCCACUAAUGGCAACAACAGCCAAUGCAGCUACAACAUUACGGAACAGGAGCUGAUCUACCAGGCGCAAAUCUACCAGGAGCACAUCUACCAGGAGCAACUGCAGGAGGUCUCACUGCAUUCCAACUGCAACUGCAACCGCCUGCUGCCUGCAAUCUGCAGCCGAUGCAAUCAACAAGUUCAAUGUACCAUCAACAACAGCCCUAUCAACAGUAUCAUCAUCAUCAACAUCCCUUUCAGCUGCCACAGCUCUAUCAUCUUCAUCAUUCCCACCAAUCACAUGUAUCACAUCAUCAUACUGUCUUCUUCCUGUUCGACAAUUCAUUUUGAAUCGAUUGUCAACUAUGUAAUGGAAUCGAAUAGUUGAUUAAUCGAUAGUAAUCUUUGCAAUUGAAACUCUGAAUCGAUUAGUUUAUUAAUUGAUAGUCAACUAUGUAAUUGAAUCGAUCUGUUGAUUAAUCGAUAGUCAUCUAUGCAAUUGAAUUUGAAUCGAUUGGUUUAUUAAUCGAUACUCAACUAUGUAAUUGAAUCGAUUUGUUGAUUGAUCGAUAAUCAUCUAUGCAAUUGAAUUUGAAUUGAUUGGUUUAUUAAUCAAUCGAUAGUCAACUACGUAAUUGAAUCGAUUUGUUGAUUAAUCGAUAGCAAUCUAUGCAAUUGAAACUCUUAUGGUGGUGUACAAAUUGGGCAGCAUUUAGAAAAAUUCGUUAUGCUUUGAAACCUAGCCUGGUUUUAUCCUAACGUAAAUUUAACGUUUUAUCCCAGCCUGGAAAAAAUUGGUUGUAGUGUGCCUCCUGUAACACAAUUCAUAAGCAAUAUAUUUCUACCGAUUCUAACAAGAUUUGGUAGUAAAACCCCACAAUUUCAACGGUCGAAAUUUGUGGUUGAUGUUGAUAAUUUGAUUAUCAAAAUCUGUACCUUGUUCAAAAUAUUCCUGAGAAGAUUCUCAAUUUCCAUUUCGGCCAACGCUCUAAAUUUAUUCAAAUACUCGAUGAUGCUACACUAUCCCCAGUGUAACUUCAAUAAACCUGAAAUGGGCAAUAACCAUUAGAAAUGUUGAUAUUAAUGCAUAUCCAGUAACUUAAAUCUAAUUAUACUAAAUUCAUUUGAAGAUGUGAAAUAGUUGAUUUUGAUCAACGUGAAACCCCUAUUACAAAAGUAGAAUCACCAUAUCAAAAUUUUAAUUCACAAGUACAUUGAGAAUGUUGAUCUCGCAAAUAAUCUUAACUUAUCAUAGUAAAGAAUUGAUACCUCGAUAAUUCAAAUAUAUUUAAAUUGUUGAUCUCUAUUUAUGUAUUUUCUAGAUAUACCAAACUACAAUAUUAUUGGUGCAGAAUGUUUCCCUAAAUUCUACAGCAUUCAGUUUAUAGAAAACAUUCUCUGUGGAAGUUCUCACUUCAUUUAAAUUGUAUUGCCUCCUAUGGGUGCUUACACAGGAAGGCAUACACCAUUUACAGUCUGAUCUUACGAAUAAGUGAUGUAAGCUUUGCCUUUCUAUGCAAGUACCUCAACAUCCCAAGCAUUUAUCAAUCUAUUUCCUCUACGUAAUUAGAUCAAACGUGUAUCGAUUUAAAAAUUGAAUUAGCUGUUUUUCAAAUAUAAAAAUGGACUAAUUUUCCAUUUCUAGAUAAUUACGAGUACCUACUACUAGUCGUUCAAGAUAUUAAUAAAUACCUCAUACAUCUUAGUAGCAAAUUCCUAUUGAGCUUGUAAUACCUGUAGAUGAGCCCUCCUGUAGUGAAUUUAUUAUAUUUAAAUUGCUGCCUUCAAAUUAAGAGGAGAGUGAUAUUGUUACACUUGCAUUUCAAUUAGUAGCGGGGCCAAACACAUUUAUCCCUACGUCAUAAUAUUUUCUUGCAAAUUAGCCGAAAGUUUUCAAAAUGUUAUACGGUAGCUCUUGUAAGUAGAUUGUUUGUGUUUACUAAUAUUUCAAGCAGUCUCUGUCUUUCAGCGAAUAUUCAUUCAUUGAUUCUAGUCUAUUUAGAAAUUGCAUUGCAUAGCUGGCGUGUUAUGCAUUGUUCGCAUAUUGUUGAUAGUAAUUGUUGUUAACUGAUAAAAUUGGCUGAAGCCUGCUGAAAAUAUUUUUAUACAGGUGAAAAGGAGAAAUUGCAGAUAAUGAACGUUCAGCUUUGAUAAAUAAUACAAGUAUAGCAGAAUGAAAAGUUUUUUUAAUGCAUUGAUCUUAUCUCUGGCGUUGAUUUUUGGGCUUGGAGAUUUUUAUAACGGUAGGUUUUUUAAAGUUCAAAGUACAACCGUAUUGUAUUUGAAACUUAGAAGUAAAGAAUAGAUUGUAGUCUGUAUUGUUGACGCUGCUUGUGCUGCUAAUAUGCUUAAAAAUAUCGUAAUGAGAAAAGAUUGGCAAUCUUGAAAAUCUCGUCGAUGUACCUGUGCAGUUGUGACUGUCAACUGUCAACAGGUGGAACAACUGACAACUUUCACAGAAACUGGCAUGAGAUGCCAGUCGCGUUGUAUAACCAAAGUUUAGAUUAUAGAUGCUCUGCGGAGAAGAAAUAAAUUGAAUGUUACAAAAUAUCAGUGUAGCAAAUAUCGUGAAGCGGUUGCUGAUAUUUUCACGACAUAUUGACAAAUCAUAUUUAUACUCUUAGAAGCCCUAGUCUUGGUAUUCAUAGCUUAGGUGUUCAUCAUUUCAAUGUUAAACUCUUUGUGAUUUUCAAAAAUUGUGCAUAAACAGAAGUUUCUUUCAAACUUUCUUAGGGAGAUUUCAAAAACGUUUGUUAAAUAUGGGGGAAAUAUUCUAAUGUGUCAAAAUAUUACGAGGGAGUUCAAACUAAUAAAUUUUUGCAAUAAAGUUAGAUAAUUCUCGUAUACAAAUAAUUGUGAUAGAAAAUAGCAAAAUGAGGAAACUAUGUCAUUGAUUUUUUAAAACUGAAGCUGAGAUAAGCUUUGUUCUAGUCAAAUUUAUUUAAUUUUCUAUUAGCCUAUAUUCGGUAAAUUGUUAUACCGAAAUUAUUUAAGCAAUACAAAUGUGUUCCAUCUUCCUUUUCCCUUUAUUCUUGAAUUGAACAAUAAACCUAAUCUAUCUUAACGUGAAAUUUUUCUGUUCGAGAAAAAUGUUGGAUACAUUUUAAAAAAUCAAUUAAAGACUGUUUGAAACUUUAGCAUUUCAUAUGAUUUAGAUGAACAAUAUCAAAGAUCAAUUGAGGUGAUAUCAAUCACCAUUCCGAACAAAUUUAAUAAAUUCAUGGUGAAUUUCCAGUUAGUGAAAUGUUUUCCCAUACAAUUUAUUGUGAUAUUGUUACAUGGAAACAUCCAUAUCAGCAUUCUAGUCAUUUUAAUUAUAUUAUAUUUAAAAUUAUAUAUCUCGAAUUAUGAUUUUAACUAUGUGCCAAAUGAGAUGCCAAAUACAUUUUGUGCAAGCUAUUACCAUAAACGCAUGUGAUGCAUGGUUUUAGCCGUUUCUGUUAUCAAUUUUAAAAUUGACUACCAACAUAUCGUUUGGAAUGUAAAUUUGGUCUAGUAAAAUUAACGAGUAACAUUCACUUUUGUGUUUGGAAAAAAAUUCAAUAAUGAAUUAAUUUUGGCUGUUCGUAUUAUUGGUGGCAUAUUAAUAAUUCAUAAUGUGCCAUCAUAUAAGUUUUUGGAACACAUGUUAAAUUAUUACAAUAUUAUUCAGUUUUAAAUACUGAAUAAACGUUUAUAUAAUAUGUUUAUGAACGUUCAUGAAUAAAUGUUUUAGGAAACUUGUAACUGUAUAUAUAGGAUAUUGAAUUAUUAGUUUCUUAUCCAAAGUAUCUUCUAAAGCAAUGAAUACUUGAAGCUAUAUCUAAUUAUAUCUUUUUAAUAACUUUGGCAAAAUAUGCUUUUACAUUCAUUACCGAACAAACGUUUUUGGUAAAGAAACAUUGAAAAUGAUGAGUUUUUCUAAGAGUUGAAGUCAGGCAGUUUUUAGGUAAAUGUUUCAUAAAUUAUUAAUUCUAAUAUUUUAUAGAAGUUUAACUCAAUUUUGUUAGCUUGCUCUAUGAAUUCCAUGUUAUUGAAGGAAACAUUAGUUGCUCAUAUAAGAGUACAUGUGAGUGGUUUUAUGAUGUAAGAAUUUCAACGAUUACAUGAUCAGAUCGCAGAAUCACAAAUAAUGGAAUACUUAAUUAGAUAAUAAUCUCCUACCAAAAUUUAUAUCUAGAAUAUUGAAAAAAAAUGAUGCUGUCCCUCACAAUUCUUAGAUGUGACUCGUCAUUUUCACGACACCAAUGUUGAUAACAUUGACGUUGAAUUCUCAGCUCCUGGCUUCCAAUCAUAUUCUAUACUUAUGAAUUUACAAUAAGAAGUGUGCCAAAUUUUCAUUAACGUAUUCUAAGUGCAAUACUAAGAGAGAUUGAUAAACAAUAAAAGUUCAAAAUCUAUUUUCAUAGAUGCUUUUGUUCUCUGUGCCAAAUUUGUAUAGUUAAUUUGUACUUCCUCUAUCAUUUAAUGAUGGAACUAUUAUUAUUUCUUUGAAAUUGAUAGGAAAAUCUCAGCUUCCAAUCACUGUAUCAAUAAGUAAUUUUUGGAAAGAAACGUCUUUCCGAGUUGUUCUGAGUUAUCUACUCAAGAAAGAGUAAUCAAAAGUUUCUUGAGUAAGGUAAAAGAUGUCAAUGUAUUUUUACAUCCUGUGAGAAAAUCAUGUUCUCCAGUAUCGGUUGUGUCUGCAAUUAACUUUUUCUCUUUCAAAUUUACAAAAAUUUACUUCUCAAGUAAAUAGUAUUCUCAGUUGUUUCUAGUCAUUUUGUAGAAUAACUUGAUCUUAUCGAGAAUUUCUAAUGAAAUAAUAUUGCUUUGUAUGUCAACGUGUAUCGUCUCUCGGGUGGGACAUCAACAAUGCAAUUUUACGAUUUCUUCAAAUUCUAAUACGUGAGAAAGUUCCCACUUCUAUUAGAAUAUACACCAAAGUCAUAUUUGUUAUUGUAUUUGUGUUUUUUUAAUUUCCUCCCAAAAUUUAUAUUAAUAUUUUAGGCACUAUCCUAAAGAGAAAAUACAUUGAAACUGAAAGACUUUUUAAAUUUAAUUUCAAUUUAGACAAUCAGUAAUACAUAGUGUUAAUCGUUAGUGAUAUUUAAAUAAAUGUUUGUGUUUAGGAAUCUGUGUCAUUUAAGAGUAAUGCAUAUUAAAAAUGCUAAUCAAUCAAUUUUUGAAUGUCUAGAGUUUUACCUUCUACCAAUUGAUGCAAGCACUAUUAGUAGUACGUAUGUUAGUGAUUCAAGUAAUAAACAAACAAAUUCAACACUUUCUAAUUGAAAUUUUGCUAACAGAUUUCUUAAUAAUACAGUAAGUUGGAUAAUUACAUUCUAGCUACACAAUAUUGUUAUAUUUACACAUAUUACUGUAUUUAUGCACUGUGACAGAAACGUUUUAUACCGUAUUCUUUUUAAACUUGUAAAUAUUACCUCACCUCAUCAUGUUUUCCACAAAAUACACAUCUUGUUAGAAUUUCGAAUCAAGAAUUUACGCUGAACAUAGUAAUGCAUUUCAUAAAGUUGAAGAGAACUAAUUCUCUUACUUAGCGCGAUGAAAUGUUUUCACGGUCGAUUCUCUGGUUGCCAGACUAUAGAAUUCAACACCACAUAAAUUCAAGUGGAGUCUAUCAAGUAUUUGAUAUAUUAACAUCCUUUGAUUCAACAUCUUUUAUUUAGCGAAGUUUAUUCGAAAUUCUAGUAAGAUGUGUUCAGUGCAUGAAUCAAAUUCCAAUAGACGGGCAUUAAUUUUAAGUUUAUCUCUCAUUUGUUACAGUUUACAGUUGACAUAAUCUAUUUGUAAAUACAGUUGAAUAUAAUAAUUUAUUAAUAGCUUUAUAGUACUCUCAUCACACUGUUUCUCAUCCAAGCCGAUUGUUAACAUUUAUCCACCUUGCUAUGCCACUUUCUCUCUCCAUGAAACUCCUCUCCAGUUGUUUAUGUGUAACCAACCCGUUCCUCCACACCAAUGUUACAGAAAAUCAUAGUAUUCAUUCACUUUAUCUCGGUAAAUAUUCAUAUAAAUAAUAUAUAACCUUAAGGAAAAAGACACUGUGCAUGUAUUAAUUGAUAUCCUAGAUCAGAGUGCGCAAACAUUAGUUGUAUUCGUAAACGUUGUAUUCAUUUGCAAGCAUAUCAGUGUAGUAUUCUUUGGAAAAGCAUAUAUUUAAUCGUCGUUCAUUGUAUAAAUUUCUUUCUCUUCCUCAGAGAUACUUGUUUCGAUCACAUUUCUUAGGUGUAAUAAUCAUUUAAUUGAAAAUAAUUUAAGCCUAUCAAUCACUUGGAUACCUCACUUUGUGGAUUUGACGAUGCAAGAUUUGAAGCACUGUUUAAAUUUUUGUGAAUCACUUCCAAGUCGUUAGUAUAUUUCGGUUUUGUUUUUCCAUGAUUUCACUUUUUUAGAAUAGUUUUCGUUUGAAUUCCGUGUUAAUAGAGAGCGUCGCAUACGGACGCCACACAUAAUACGGCGACGAUAAUGAUUAUUAUUCUACAUAUUAUAUAUAUAUAAUCAUCCCCUCCCUGCGGCCCCGUAUCCAAGACCCAGACCCGACCAAAGACCCGAGAAAAAUCAUUUAGUUGGAAAUGAAAAUUGUAUAAAUGUUAUUCAAAUUUAAUGUAAUAUAUAAUCGAUUCUCUGUUUUUAUUAAAUGAAAAGAAGUAAUAUAUUUUAAGAUAAUGUUUAUAACGCAAGACCAAAAUAUUAAUUAUAAGCUUUUAAACGCUGACUAUUAUUGAUUGAUAUUGUAUUUUGUUACUGAGUUUGCAUGAGUGAGAGAGUGAUAGAGUGUGAGAAAGCGUGAGAGCGAGUGAGAGAGAUGAGUUGCCCUUCAUUGCCGCCAGGUGUGUGAGCGAGCAUACGAUAUUAAAUCAUUAGGCUGGUUUUUGUGUUCGGCUCAGUAUUUGAACAUUGAGUUUUUGCUCUUAAAUUCGAUUGAGUUGGAUCCUCCAGAUCGGAGAAAGAGAACUGUUUCAGGGCGUAGAAGGGUGAUCAACUCCUUCAACCAAUCAAAGUUACUGGUAAAUGAUGAUAAUAGGCUACCACGUAGCAUACUCACCUAUGAGAAAGCAAUAAUCUAUUCUUCCAUAUUCAAAGGUUAACCCAGAGCAAUCUGAUUCUAUACUUUAAAUAAGUAGCCUAGUACUUAUAAAUUUCUAUUUUCUGUUUAUAAUUGUAAAUCUUACUUGUAAAAACUUUUGUACCGAAUCACAUGAAUGCGGUAUUUAUAACUGUAUACUAAAUUGUAGAAGUAGUAUACUAGUAAUGUCUCUUGUUUUGAGCAUUUGAACACCCUUGAACAAUGUAAUUGUUGGAUACAAAUGAUCAUAGAUCAACUCGUUUUUGCUGCGUUUGAGAACAAUCUAUCAAAUUGAUACUGUAGUUGUAAUUCGUGUAAUUCUAGUCAUCUCAAAGGCUUUAGAUGUAUAGUGAAGGUUGUGAAAUUUUCUAUGUCAACUUUAUAAAUGUAAAUGUUCAUGUGAUUUGGUAAAUUCUUUCUUUCACUUGAUGUGCUUUCGAAAUUUGAACUUGUUGAAUGUUUGGAUGGCAAGUUGAGAAUUAUGAAUAUUAUUUUGUUGAUAACUUUUCAAAGUGGAAACACCAAUAAGUUUCGAAAUUCUUGAUUCUUACUUAUCUGAAUGUAUUAUCAUCUAUAGUGAUCAAAGCCCUCUGACAGAUGUUUUUUAAUAAUAGCUUCACUAUUCAUGAAGAAAGCAGUAACUCCUCCACGUAUCAUGACUAUAUUUAUCUUCUUGUCUCAGGGCUGCUUAGCCAUUGAAAGAAACCAGCAUAUAAGAGCUUACAAUUCUCGCUAAAGUUUUUUCACAAUUCUUUCAAAAAUGUUUUCUUCUAAUUUUCUAGUCAACACCCAUAUUUCAAUUCCAGUCAUUUUCAUGAAAAAAAUUGGAUAAUUUCCAAGUUGAUACAGAUUUUAUACGAUACAAUAUUUUAUAUUCACGAUUUGAAAAAGAAUUUUAUCUAGUCAGUUUGUACUUAAUUAUUUUCUACUGCAAAAUCAAACUCUCUUCUGUUCGAAUUUCUCACCUAAUGUGUUGCUUAAUAAAAGUUAGCAUCAUCUUCAUAAUAAUGAUUAUCGUGGUACCAGCCCGAAUACGUUGAUUGAGCAAAGACUUUGUAUUAUCACUUUAUAUUUAUAUGAUAUUAUUAACUGUGCUAAUGAAGCCUUUAAAUGUACAGGGUCAAGGGUCAAAAUAUGAGUAAUAAAUAAUUCAUAUAUUUGUAAUUUUUUAGGAUAACUUGAAUAACCGUGUCUUUCAUUUCUAAUGAUUUAUUGAAUAACUUCAUAUUCUGAAUUGGAUUUAACACAGUAAUAUUGGUUUUAGUUGGAACAGUUGCUUCACAUAAUGGAAUUACGUCACAAUUUCAUAGCAUUGGUACAAAGUUGUUGUUAAAAUUUGAAUAAUAAACUUGAAUUGGUAAUGUAAAUCAAGCAACUGUCCUUUUUAUAUCGUUUUAGUAACAAUAAUUUAUCAGAUAACAUUUUUCAGUUGAACUGAAAUCAUCAUCAUAAUAAUAUUAUAUACGAUCUCAAAACACAGCUGUCAAUGGGUUAUUACUGGGAGGGGGUCUAAAGUCAUAUUAAUAUUUGUAGGUUAUGUUGUAUUGUUGUAAUAUUAUAUAUAAUUAUUGGUAAUAUUUUGUAAUGUCGGAUAAACAGUUCAAAGCAAACUAAAAAUCAAGUAGUAGUGUUUGAUUGGUAUUAUUAAACACAGGAUGAUAUCAGACAAAUAGAACUAAAAAUUGAAAAUAAAAUAGAAAUUGUUCUAAUGUAAUUCAUUGUUGUAGUGAGUACAAUAAUCAAUGUGUAUGGUUGAGCUUGUUAGUAGAUAGGAGACUAAAAUCAGUCUUCGGUAUUAAAGUUGGCGUUAUUAAUAAUCGAAAAUUUGGCAAGUGUAAGCAAUUUAUUAUGUAGCAGAGCUUGAUUAGCUCAUCAAUCGCUGGUGUCGCUAGGCAAGCUUUAAAAAUGUGGCUGCGCUCUAAAAAAUUAAACUUAAUCCCAAAUUAAUAAUCGCUUUUUGUGAUUGAGCUUUGUUUGUUGGUAGAAUUGCAUGCAUUUUAGGCUAUUUAUUAGUAUACCUACCACCUACCUCUAGUUGUUUUUACACAUAUCAUUGAUUGAUUAUCUAGUCAAUAACUCACCAUAUCAAUAUCAAUUCUUCCAUUGUCCCAGUUUUAUUAUGAAGGGGGUUUGAAUAGUUUUUAAUUAUUAGUACCUACGUUAUUGAACAUAUUAUAUUAGUACCUGAACCAAAUAGGUCUAACGUAUUUACAACCUUUAUCACUUUUUAGAGUUUAGGAACCUAUUACAUAUCGACUUUGUUCAAUCCAAUAACCAUAUCAACUUUUUCCAAUUGACAUUUAUUUGAAAAUUGAUCUAGUCGAGGCGUGUAGACCAUUACAACCAUUUGAAUCAAAUCGUGUGAGAGAUGCUGGCGACACCAGCUCAAAUGACGAUGACAAUUUGACGAUUAUCAUACCAAAAGUUGUACUCAACUCUAUUGAGUGAGUAUCUGUUGAUCUCCCCAACAAUAUUUUAACAUCGGAAGUGGGAGUUCAGCAGAUUCUGAAUAAUGCUUUGAAAUGUAUGUGAACCCUUUGUUAGCUGGCUCAUCUAUGAAAUAGGCAAUCAGUAUUGGUGGUAUUUCAUUAUUGUAAAAGUAUGGGAGAAUCAUAUUCUUAUUUUUAGGCUGUGAGAGAUUUUUGAGAAAAAUUGCUUAGUAUUUUUGAGUUGUCGAUUGUCAUUGACAUAAGCUUGUUUUUCAUUGAAAUUAUUGUUCGCCAAUUAUAAUUUUAUUUUUGAAAUUAUUGCAGAAUGCAAAUUUAUCUUAAUUUUUGCUUCAGCUUAUAAAAAUUAUUAUUGAAUCUUUCGUAAUUAUAUUGGUGUGCGUUUACUACUUUGUAGGCCUAUACAUUAUUCAAAAUGUCAUUUAAUGAUUUAUCAAUAUCAUAGUUACCAAUGAUAAAACGUCUUCAUAAGGAAAUUAUGUUUCAAAAUUCUAUUAAAAUUUCGGAUGUCAUUUUCUCUAUUGUAUUGUUACUUAUUUAUUAAUUAACGCGUAUUAUUUGGUAUGAGCAAUAAAGCGUUGGAUGCAAAUAAUGAACAUAAUAAAUAUAGAAGGUGGUUCUCUCAUUCUAAGUAAAAUGCAAAUAAUUAGAAAAAGACAAAUUUUCUAAUAAUGGGGCAAUAAUUCUAAUGUUGUUUAAUGAUAAAAUGAAGUUAUUUUAGUGACAUUAAAAGACAUUAUUCUAUGUAUGUAUUUAUUAUUGUUUUUUGUAUAAUGAUUAUUAUUUGUGUUUUUAAACUAAAUAUCGCACGUUGUUCUUCAAUACAAAUUAGCUAAGAGAUGUUAGUGAAUCAUUAUUGAUAUAAACUAAAAAACAAUAUUGAUUGUUUUUUAGCCUUAUUAUUUGGUUAAUAAAUAAAAGUGUGUAUAUUUA